CAAAGGGUGAAGGGUAUCAUAAUGUUGAGUUGUACAAGUCGAUUAGGUCGUACUCCCAUCAGACUAUUCAGCACCACCUCUGUAACCCUCAGUGGUCAUUCCAAAUGGUCCACUAUUAAGCAUGAUAAGGCUAAGAAUGAUGCAGAAAAGAAUAGAGUUGCAAAUAAAUUUGCAAAUGCUAUAGCGGUUGCAGCAAAGUUGGGUGGUCCAGAUCCUGGAGCAAAUUUCAGAUUAGCUACUGCAAUUGAACAAGCUUCUAAAAACAAUGUUACCAAGAAAGUUAUAGAGUUUGCAAUCAAGAGAGGGACAGGUAAUACUGGGGAGAAAUCGAAUGUUGAGAGUGCUACAUAUGAAGGGAUUGGUCCCGGUGGAGUUUCAUUUAUUGUGGAGUCAUUAACAGAUAAUAAAGCUAGAACUAUUAGUUUAGUUCGUUCAGUUUUCUCCAAAUAUAGUGGAUCUUUAUCACCAACGUUGUUUCAAUUUGAUAGGAAAGGGUUGAUAGUUAUCGAGAAGGAGGAUCAUGAAUUUGAUUCAGUUUUUGAAAAAAUGAUUGAUUUUGGAGUUGAGGAUAUUGAAGAGAUUGAAGAUGGUGAUGUUUUCGAAAUUAUAACGAGUCCUAAUGAUACGAGUAAGAUUGCAGAUUUGAUUAAACAGGAGUAUAAAGUUAAAGAGUUGGGGAUUGUUUAUAUUCCAAAAGAGGAUAUGAUGGUUGAGAUAAGUGAUGAGGAAGUUAAAGAGAAGUAUGAAAAAUUUAUUAAAAUGUUGGAAGAUAUAAGUGAUGUUACAGAUUAUUAUACCAAUUUAAAAGAAUAG